AUGAAGUCCUGCUCCAUAUCCCCAAGUAAGACUGAAAAGGACGCCAUGCCGGCCGACGAAUAUCACGGCGAAGAAGGCUUCAUCCCAGAGGCAUCCCCUCCUUAUCAAGACACCGACGCAACCCACGUCACUCGCUCAGACGCCCCCUCACCCUCUCCCGCAUCGGCAGAACAAGUCCCCUACACCUGCGUCGCCAAAACAGAGAUGGAGAUCUUCGCAGCGCUCCGCUUAAUCGCGGAUUCAGUCGCGCAACAGCACCAGGCUGCCAACCGCGCUCUCCUGCACAGCCCGAUCUUCUUGGGUGCUGCGUUUGCGGUCCUAUGCAUACUCCUAUCUCAGGCCAAAAGCGGCCGCUUAGAUACGGCGUCUAUCAUCCCUCUCUGCGCUGCCUUGCUCAUGGUCGCGUUCUCGGCCACAAGGUACUGUACGAAAGGAUACUUGGAUCAGGCAGAGAUGGUGGGGACUUUACAAUGGCUGUACGGCGAUAUGGACGAGGUCCAGGAAGAUCCUGAGACCUCCCUGCGUCCCACAGAGAAUUAUGACAGCUUUACGCAGCCGCGACAUCGCAAAACGACUCCGGAAAAAGAUUCUGCGCCGAAUAUUCAGAUAGAUAAGUCCGUUCGACAAGCUCAUACUCGUACUAUCACGUUCAUUUCCUACUGGAAGGGCGAGGUUAUCGCAGUCCUUGUCAUGACGCUUGCGUGCAAAAGUCCUAACCGCGCGUCUGGCACCGAAAGGGCCUGUUGCACGAAGAAUCCAAUUCGUGAGAAACCCAGUUCUUCACGCGCCUCUAUCAGCCCACGCCCACUGAAUGAACCUGUUGCGAUUAUCCGAGCUUGGACCGUGAAGCAGAAGUAUCGGGGUAAUAACCUCGGAUUGGAUAUUUUGGAAUACGUGGUUCGAUUCUCCUAUGGGCGUGGAUGGAAGCAACCUGUCUUCGCGGAGGAUCAUGCGCACUCGCUGAGACUGGUGCCGUGGCCUUUCGAAAAGGGGAUGGAGACUGAUGAUGAGCGAGCCAAGAGGAAGCUGGCUGAGGUGGGGAGACAGGUUGUUGGGUUUGGGUUGAGGAGUUGA